UCCAACAGGGGGCGGUAGGAGCUCCAGCGCACGGAGCAGCAGCGCAGAGAAAGAACAUGCUGAAGGGUUGAUCGGAGCCUUCACACACGCGCAGGUGGUAUCCGUAAAUAUCCGACCGAAGACCCGUAAAGUGAAGCGGCCGAGUCAUGAAGAACGAAGGCAUCGAGGGGAUGGAGAGGUUUGAGAGCCCGGGCAGAGGCAGAGGCCUGCGGGCGCUGAGGCACUUCGCGGUGGGGGAGCUGGUGUUCGCCUGCCCCGCUUACUCCUCCGUGUUGACGGUAAACGAGAGAGGAGCGCACUGUGAGCACUGCUUCACCAGGAGAGAAGACCUUUUUAAGUGUGGUAAAUGUAAGCAGGCAUACUACUGCAAUGUGGACUGUCAGAGAGGUGAUUGGCCCAUGCACAAGCUGGAGUGUGUAUCCAUGUGUGCCUUAGGGGAGAACUGGUGUCCGUCAGAGACGGUCAGACUGGUGGCUAGAAUCAUCAUGAAACAGAGAGUCACGACAGAGCGCACCAUGUCAGAGAGGCUGCUCCUGCUCACAGAGUUUGAAGCUCAUUUAGAUAAGACGGACGGCGAGAAGGAUGAGAUGAACCAGUCGGGCAUCGCAGCGCUGCAUCACUUCUACUCCAGACACAUCAGCGACCUCCCGGACGAUCAGGCUCUCACUGAGCUCUUUGCACAGGUUAACUGCAAUGGUUUUACCAUUGAGGAUGAGGAACUGUCUCAUUUGGGAUCCGCUGUUUUUCCAGAUGUAGCACUGAUGAAUCACAGCUGCAGCCCUAAUGUCAUAGUGACUUAUAAAGGCACAGUGGCUGAAGUCAGAGCUGUUCAAGAAAUAAACCCUGGGGAGGAGAUAUUUAACAGUUACAUUGACCUGCUCUAUCCAACAGAGGACAGGAAAGAGAGGUUGUUAGAGUCGUACUUCUUCGUGUGCCAGUGUACAGAGUGCACCACAAAGUCUAAGGACAAAGCAAAAAUGGCACCCAGGAAGCAAAGCUCUCCACCAAAGCCAGAGGAGAUCCAGUCUAUGCUCCACUACGCCAAGAAUGUCAUCGAGGAGUUCAGGAGAGCCAAACACUACAAAACUCCCAGUGAGCUGCUUGAAAUGUGCGAGCUCAGCCUGGAGAAAAUGGGGACUGUAUUCGGGGACACAAAUGUCUACAUGCUGCACAUGAUGUAUCAGGCCAUGGGUGUCUGUCUUUACAUGCAAGACUGGGACGGAGCUAUGAGCUACGGAGAAAAGAUCAUUCAGCCAUACAGUUUAUACUACCCUGCCUACUCUCUGAAUGUGGCAUCAAUGUAUCUGAAAUUGGGUCGUCUGUAUUUGGGAUUGGAAAAGAAGACGCAAGGAGUGAAAGCUCUAAAGAAGGCGUUGGCCAUCAUGGAGGUUGCUCAUGGGAAAGAUCACCAUUAUGUAGCAGAAGUCAAAAAUGAAAUCGUGGAGCAGAAGUAAAGGCAAUUUAACUAAGAAGCAAAAAGGGACAGAGCUAGAAAAAAGCUCCUAGAUGAGGGGACCUCUUGAAAAGCAACACCAACAAUCAAAUCAUAUCUGCAUGGCAUCUGCAUGCAUUCUACUUCUGAUUUUUUUUUUUCUUUUUUUUUAACUUUUUGUCCUCUCUUAAACUGGUUUCAUCGUCAUUCAUGUCUGCUCUCAAUGUGUCCAUGUCUUGGAUCUGUCACACCUGGACACAAACCGAUUAGGCUUACAUUUAUGGACUGAUUUAAAAAGUCCAAAGUUAUUUGAAAAUAUCAAUCAUUAAACUCAUUUAACACCAGUGCUGUUUUUCAAAAGAACAGAUUUUUGGAGGAAACAAAGCUUCUGUUUUUGUCUGAAUAAUUAUCUUUGUGUUUUGUGGACUCAUUGAUGAACCGCAGCAGAGCAUCUGCUUGUGAUCUGAAAGUUUGAGUAGCUGUUUAAAGAGAGGACUUUGUGACGUCCUGGGAGCCAAUGAAAUAUCCAGCAGCACAGUUUUUAGCAUUGUUUUUGUUCAAACUGAAAAAAAAAAUCUGACUGACCAUGUGUCAGGUUCUCUGUAGCAGUGCAGAAGAGAAUACAAGGAACUUUUCCUCAACGUUUCAUCAGUGGUUUAUUGAUGGGUUUACCAGUAUGGUUCUUGAGAACCAGGAGACACGUUGCAUGCUCUGUCAUUUGUGUUCUUUUUCAUAUUAGACUUAGUGACCAAAUGGGCAAUGGGUUUAACUGUCAAGGAACCAGCUGCAAUUCUGUGUUACAGGUGUUUCCUCAAGGGCUGCAGAUCUGAGACCAGUUGGUACUGUAACCUGACCGGUAAUCCUGGAUCAGAGCCCCUUUGCUCUCAGGAAAAAACAGUGUAGGUCAUGUCGGCAUUAACAUCACUAUAUAGUUUUCAGGGUUUUCUCAUGAUUACCAUUAGUUCAGAUUGUUUUAUUCAUGGAAAUUAAAUCACCUCAACAGCAAAAUAUACAUUUUCAGCAUGACUUGAAAAGGAGAUGCAUUUUAUUAAAGCAAAAUAAGGCAGAGAGGUUGUUCUCAUCCUCACUACAGAUUUAUAAAUGUAAUAAUCAGCAUGAAUAUUUAUUAAAAAGGGAAACGCAGGUCCCUUUAACUUAAAGAGGUUUUUUUUUAGCACUCUUAAUAAAUAAACAUAAUUGCAUCCCUGAAGUUUUUAUCAGAGAGAGUAGAAAUACAUGAAACUAAGACUAGCUAUCUUUUGUUAAUUUUUUUAAGUGUGUAAAGGGGGGGAAGAAAUUAAGAAAUUAAGGCAAUACAAAGAUCAUCCCCUGAGCCUUAUUUCACAAUUCUUGCGCUCAAAUUUUAUACUAUUUCGAGACAAAAUGUCAGAAUCUGUAAGCACAUUAACCUCCAUGCAGACAGAGGAAUGCAAAUGAGAUCUUAUUUUGUCUUUCUCAACACCUGUAGCUUCCCCCUUUUUUCCAAAUGGAGGCAUGAAUGUGUUACUGAAGGGUGGUAGCAACCCCUGCACAGGUGAUUAGCCUAUGUAUCUAGAGUUGCCUGCCUUACAGCUUUUAAUAGAUAAUUUAAUACAAAGUACAUUAUUUUAUCUUCUAAACCCAAUUUAUCCACAUUUGGGCAUUAAAAGUCUUAUCACUCUGCGUAUAUGAAUUGUCAACGUUGUUCUUGUGCUGCUGCAUGUGAAAAGUGAGAUACAGACUUAACAGGUCACCCUCAUUGUGUUGUCCGUGUUCUCUGUUACUUUAUGCAGGCAUGAAUGUUAAACUGAUGGUAUGCAUCACUUAAGUCUGAGCCUUUGAUUCCUUAUGUACCAUGUUAGUGGAACUCAAUAAAUAACGGUACAGCAUUUGCUUUGUUAUAAAUGCUCAAUUGUCUCACAAGGUUUCC